ACCUUGAGUGUUAUUUCACCUUAAUCCACGCUGAGGGGAUUUGCGGAUCUUAGUCACCCUCCCCUUCUCCUUGGUGGGACGUGACAUAUUAAUUGGCGUCACGGACAGGAUCCCCUCAGUGUUGGAAGGUCCUCAGGGAUACCGACUCUCCACCCGGAGAGUGUGGGCGGGGAGAGCCGGGAAGUGACCUCUCAGCUAUAAGCCGGGAGAGGUACGAGCAGUGGCAAGCCAUGGCUGCCCGGGAAACGCCGGUGCUUGACUGCCUCCCUGUGGUUGAAAAGUUAAAGGAAUAUAAGGCAUGCCCUUCCCCAUCAGGGAUGGCAUGGGCCUGUAUUAGUUGGCACGACCCGAAAGCUGUAGCGGACAAAAUCACAACCCUCAUGAAAGAACAAAAGGCUCGACCAGGAAAGGGGAAGGCCACGGUGUGUGCUGUGUUGGGAGCAGCACUAGUGGCAGCCCAGAAGGAGAGGCACCUGGUUAAGCGAACCAAUGAUGAAAUGGUUGAAUCCUUACAAGAACAAAUAAAAACCCUGCAGGGUCUACUAGCCGCUGAACGUAACACUACUCAGCGACUCCAUGUGGCCCUGUCAGAUGCACUGGACCGAGAAAAAAUUUUGCGUUCUGAAUUAGAGGAAGGGGGACAAAAAUCUCCCGACCGGACAGAUCUUGUUUCUGUUCCGGAUAGUGUGCCAGGAUUUACUAGCUUGGCACAGAUGGCCGAAAAGCAAAGCCUAAGACCUUUGUACCCAAGUGAAGAGCUAGAAAUCAAGCGAGAAUUAUUUUACCCCGAGAAUGGGGAAGUGGUGAUGAGGCCGGUGAUUAAAACGGAGACCACUGAUGACGGCCAAGGUGGGGGAGCUCCGCAAAUCACCACCCGAACGGUGCCAUACUCAGCAGCCGAAAUGUCAAAAAUCCAAGAAAAAUAUACUAGAUUGGCUCAAGAAACUGAAACAGAAUAUGUAUGGAGGGUAUCACUAACUGGUGGUGACCGAAUCCUGUUGUCAGAAGAUGAGGCCCAGGGGUACUGGGGGCCAGGGGUUUUCCUGACUACUGAUGACCCCAGGGAGUCGUGGUCAUUAACUCAGCGAGCUGCCUAUUGGGCAGGGGGUCUAGACCCCUUGGAAAGGGGAGAUCCCGUGUGUAUUGAAACCCCGACCACAAACCACUUGAUCGAGAGUCUGCAAAAGGCUGCUUGUCUUCAAUUAAUGCAUGACAGGCGUUUAGUCCCUCAACAACCUUCCCCAAUGUUAUUAAUUGCUAACCCCGACAGAAUGACUCCCCUAAUCCGAGGUUUACCUGAUUCCUUGAAACUAUAUGCAGUGCAAUUGCAAGACCGCUUGCGGGACGCACUAGCCCCACGAGGAGGGAGACGAGCCCGAGGAGGGCCGAUGACUUGGGGCGAAGUAGCCCAAGAGUUAAUAAAUUAUGGUAGGAGGAUGGGAAUCACAGGGGGAGCCACAAAAUCGAAAACUGCUGUGCGGAGAGUGGAACAGCAGGAGAAUCGACCCCCACCCCCUGCGCAAACCUUGGGGGCAAAGAGAAACCUAUUGUGGGCUGAGGGAAUCGAAAAGGGGAUUCCCCGGGACGUAAUGGACGGUAUGCCCACUAUGGCCUUAGAAAAACUCAUCCGAGCCUGGAAAGACAAAAAGAGAACGCCCCCCAAAUUUGAACAGCCCACUCAGGGGAAUACGAGGGCAGAACCCCAAUUUGACGAUAGGGCAAUGAUUGCCUCUGAGGCUCCCACUGCCCCCAAAAGGGAUUUGACUGACCUGGGACAUGGCAACCUGUUUGGUCAGCAGCAGCGGGGCAGCAGCCUUGUGAGGUUCUUCGACCACAUCACUAAGCCCAACGCUUUGUCAGCCAUGGCUGGAAGCCCCUGCUCCAUGCUGCAGAGGCCAGCAUGCAAACAGAUUAGGAGGACCAUGUGCAGAGUCACAGCUCUGGUCAUGGACACAGCAGAUUUUGGCUUCCUCAAGGAUCUGGUGGUUGGAUCCCACAGGAAACCAUUCCCAAAGGGGCCACAAAAGGGGUCACAUGCAGCUACUCCCCCUGUAAGAACAACCUUCUCAAAGAGCAGGAACGAGACAUUCACAUGCUCAGCAUGGCCAAUGCAGGUGGCAGAAAGCUCCCUGGCACAACUGGGAACUCCUCACCAAGCUCCAGUGCCAGAAGGAAGCCUGCUGAGGCAAAGUCGGAUUGGCCUACAGCAUUUGUGCGAUAAGUGA